AUGGGAAGCGCAACCUGGCUCGCCGGCCUUGCCGUCGCGACGUGCUGCCACGUAGCGCUUGGCGUGGGCUACCACAGCCCGUGGGUCAAUGCGACCGUCAAUGGAAACGUGGUCCGGCUCGAGAUCUCAACGCGCUUCCGAGGCGUGAUCCUCUACGCCGACGUCGACGAGUUGGCGUACACGACGCAGGACGUCGUCGCCAAAAUCGCUGACGCCCAGCUCUUUGAAAAGCGAUGGAACGUGUCGGGGCUUCUUGGCAUGGGACUCGUGUCCUCGCCGCAGGCCGGCUGGCCGCUCCCAGGCGACCUCGUGCUGCAGUACAACGGCAUGGAUCCGACGACGGGCGCCGCGAAUGCAACGCUGCGUCCUGCGUCGUCGCCAGAGGACGACAACUGGACGUGGUCCGAGUCGAUGAACGUCGUGCAUGACUUUUACUACAAGCGCCGAACGUCCUUUACAGUGCACAACGCGACGGUCUGCGGCGUGCCGUUGACGCAGCCGUCGUCGUCGUACUGGGCCGCCCACGUGGACUUUGAGGUGCCCUGCCUCGUCUUGCCCAAAGAGUUUUACACCUCGCUUGUGACGUGGGCGCCGCUCGAGUACAACGCGUCGGCCAACCUCACGCAGCUGCGCUCCAACGUGUCCCUGCACGAGCUGCCGUCGCUCUCGUUCCAGGCCGGGUACGGGCUCCCGACGCUCACGCUGCCGCUCGCAGCGUUGGCGCUCAACGUCUCGACGGGCUCCACCCCCCAGCUGUGCAUACAACAGUCCACGAGCAUUAUCAACCGCAUUCUCGAGCACCAGAUUGUCCUCGAAGAAGACGACAUUUUUACCAAAGAGAUCGGUGGCAUUGCGUUCGUGCCCGACAUGUACCAGUCGCCCAUCCUCUUUGGCGCCAUGGUGCUCCAGCAUCUGCCGACGCUGCUGAGCGACACUCACAAGCAAGUGGGCUUUGUCAAGAUGCCGGUGGUGACGCCGCCGACGCAUCCGGUCUGCACCGUGCCUGUCGCCUGCAGAGGCCAGCAGACGUACGACCAACCCACCAACACAUGCAAAGACCCCAACUGCGACCUUGUCUACUACCACGAGCUCGACGACGCCACGAAGACGUGUGUUCCGGUCGCGCAAUGGCAGUGGGUCGCGACGUGUCUCAUCGCGGGCUUCAUCGCGUUGGAAGUCUACCUCGACCGCAGCCGCCGGCGUCUCGCUGAGAGGACAUUGGCCGACGCCGACGGUUCGUCGUGA